ACAUACAUGUAUAACAACGCAGAGCUAUGUUCUAAUAGUUGCAACAGGUGAAUUACUCUAUUUGGGUAUUUUGUCGUUGAUACAAAACCGGCCAAGAUACAACACACCUUAUAUGCCUGCGGUUCAGAGUCUUCCGUUGAGUAGAUCACUGGGUCUAGCUAUCAAGUACUGAUACUAGGAACAUCUUCACAAUAGAACAUCCUGAUAAUGUUGGUGAACAGGAAAGAAAUGCCGGGGUUGACCAGUGUUAGCAUCAUGAACAUGAUAUUAAUUGGCUUUUCACUGACACUUACCAUCUCUUGUGAGGCAUCCAAUAUACUGGUAAGCCCCCUCAUUGGAAAAGGAAGUCAUUUCUAUCUCUCAGCUGCCAUUGGAGAACAACUCCUUACCCGGGGCCAUAAUCUUACCUAUCUUGUCAGUAACGCCUUCGAAGACCAUGUCAGACAGAGUCGUUUUGGUGAGAUGUUCCACUAUGAAGUAUUUAAGCAUACAAUCCCCGUUGAGGAUAUUCACCAGCUAUUUUAUAAUCUGAGCAGAUCGAUUUCUUCAAGAGGUCCAAGCAAUGAGUACAUGGUGAGUCGGAUAUUGUUUCAGACACAACAAAAUGACUGCAAUGCCAUCAUUGAAGACGAAAUCCUCAUGACCCGUCUUCGAUCUGCCAACUUCUCGUCACUAUUGUUCGACUCAACCUGGGUUUGCGGCGCAAUAAUCGCAGAGGUUCUCAAUCUUCCAUACUUUGCAGUCGUUCCCUAUCCCAGUCCUUGCUUCCACACAGCAAGUGAAGGUUCAGGCUUCAAUCCAGCCAUAGUACCGUCAAUAAUGACAGGUUUCUCCAGUGUCAUGUCUUUCAAAGAGCGCUUAUUUAAUUCAUUGUCUUUCUUAAUUUACCAUAACUUGGGUAUACAAGUAACAUUAAAGCCUUACAGAACCCUAUGUGUCAAACAUGGUUUACCCGACCCGUAUGAUCUCAUGAAGCAGACAAAGCUAUGGUUGGUAAACAAUGAUUUUGUAGGAGAAUAUCCUUGUGCGUUACCACCUAAUGUCAUCCCAGUCGGUGGUCUUACAGCGAAGGAUCCUGAACAACUCCCAUCAGACAUUGAGUCCUUUAUCCAAGGUUCAGGAGGAGACGGUAUCAUCAUCUGUUCAUUUGGCUCAAUCCUGAUUCUGGACGAAUCAAACAUGGCACUUAUGAAGAUAUUUGUGGAUGCCUUCGCUAGGUUACCUCAGAGAAUCAUCUGGCUCUUGAAGACAUCACCACCGUUUCCAAUCCCAUCAAGUAUUAAGAUCGUCCCAUGGUUGUCUCAGAAUGAUCUCCUUGGACACCCUCAGACAAAAGCUAUUUUCUUUCACGGUGGUCACAACAGCUACUAUGAAGCUAUCUAUCAUGGAGUCCCUGCAGUCGUUAUGCCUAUCCUCGCAGACCAACAUGAUGUGUCAAGUAGAGUCGUAAACUUUGGAUUGGGACUCAAGUUGGAUAAAGACAUCAUAACAUCAGAUUUAAUCUAUGAGGCACUACAUGAGGUGACUUCUAACAGCGCCUACUUUCAAACGGCCAAAAUGAUGUCGGCAAAUUUUCGAAAUCGGCCAAUGAAGCCUGCUGAACGGGCAGCAUUUUGGAUUGACCAUGCUAUCAAACAUGGUACUGACAAUCUUGAGUUAACUGGAGACUCUUUGAACAUUUUUCAAUACUAUCUUCUCGAUGUUAUUGUUUUUAUAUUCAUCGUAAUAUUUUUGUCUUUUUACUUUGCAAUCAAAUGCAUUAAGAUGACUUUUAGUAAAUUAUAUUGUUUUGUACAUAUUCCGACAAAGAAGAAAACUGAAUGAAGAACUAUCA